CGAAAAUUUAACGCGACCAAUGAAGGGAAGGAAGAUUUUCACGAAGGUUGUACACUACUUUAUGUAACAUAAAAGUGUUCUACUUCAAUAAUGAAUACAAAAUAUAUUUCUACAGAUGAAUUAGUAAAAAAACGUGUGAUUACUCAUGGAAGCGUCUCGAAUAAACCAGUAGAAGGUUCAAGAGUUCAUUUAUUUAUUGAAGAUCUCGAUAUUUCAAACAAAAUUGAUCUUAAUGAAUUUCAUAGUGAAAUAUUGAAUGGCAAGUCAAAUGUGAUAAUUACUGUCGAUGAAAUUCUCUCAGAGAUUGACCGACAAAUUGAGAGAGCUAUCAAAUGGAUGGGAGAAAAUGAAACAGCCAUCAUAAACAUUACCCUACCAAGUUUACUUCCGAAAAUAGAAGAAUGUAAUGAGUCGAUUCAAUUUAAAGCAACUGUAAUUAAACAUGAACCUUUUAAGCCGAUUUGGGAAUGGACACCUGAAGAAAAAUAUGAAAGAGCAGCUAAAUACAAAGAAAUGGCAGUCGAACUUGUUCGUCAAAAUAGAAUUAAAGAUGCUUUUAAUAGAUUUAGUAAAGCAGUCAAGAUUAUCAUUUCCUUGGAACCUAUUGAUGAUUUAGAACUGAAUAGUACUUUGUAUACAAAUCUUUACAAAUUACGGACUAGUAUUUAUAAUAAUAUGGCAAUAUGUCAAUUAAAGUUCAACAAUUAUGAUCAUACAAUUAAUUUAUGUACAAAGGUUCUAAAUCGAGACAAAAAUAAUGUUAAAGCUAUGUAUCGACGUGGAUGUGCAUUUGGAGGCAAUAAAAAUGUAGAACAGGCAAUGAAAGAUUUCGAGAGAAUAGUUCAUAUUGAACCAACUAAUUUUGCAGCAAGAGAAAAAUUGAAAAUUUACAGUGAAUUAUGGUCUGAGGCUAAAAAACGUAGUGAUGAAUUACUUAAGAAAAUGUUUCCCAUAUAAUUUUGUAUUAAUUUAAAAUAAAAACAAAAUAAUUAAAAUAA